AUGCCAGCCACCGUCGACCCGGAGCUUGGGUCCCACAAGAGAGACGAUGACUUGCACGUCAAGCAUGGCAGGAACAGGAACUCGUCGACGUCGGCCGGCGGCUGGAAGUCCGCGCCCCGCGUGGCGCCCCGGAAGACCCUCAAGCGCCUCGGCAUCCUGGUCGUGAUCGCCGUUGCCGCCUACCUCUUCAUCCACAACAUUCCCACCGACGUGGGCCCGCGGCGGACCGGCCGCCCCUCCUACCCGAAUGCGAAAGCACCACCACCUGCUGCUGCUGCUGCGCCGAAGCCUCAUGCCCCCGAGGCGGGCGCAGAUGCCGACGACGACGGGGACGACGAGGGCCCUCCUGCUCGCAGCUUUGAUGGCCCCAUAAGGUUCAUGGAGCUUGCCGGGACCCUGAAUGCGAUAGCUGGUACACACGGAGGGGCGACGCUCAACAAGAACGUCCUGUUUGCAGCGUCGAGCUUGAGAAGCGCCGGCUCAUUGCUUCCGCUGGCUUGUAAGAUGGGCAGGGAGCUGAAGUCGUAUGUCCAUUUUGCAUUGAUGAGCAGGAACGAGAUCAAAAUCGACGAGCUGCGGGCUGUCAACGGGAUCGACAAGAGCUGCGAGAUCAUAUUUCACGAUGCACGCGUCGAAUUCCCUAGCAUAUCUUCAGACGAGAGGUUCGCAAAAUCCGUCGAACGAGCGUUCUACCACAUCAACAACUACAUGCACCCGCAAGCAAUCAUUGUCGACUCUUCGGGGGUGGAAGAUCCCCUGCUGCUCAAGUCUAUACAGAAACAAGCGAACAAGAUGGAAAUCGGCCAGGCUGUCGUGGAGCUUCCCGGAUCUGCAGUAGAUCGCCUGUCCUGGGUCUCGAAGCUAGACUCGCGAUCGCUAUCGCAUUGGAACAAGUUCAGCGUGGAUAUACUGGUUCACGCGCAUGCGGGAGCUUCAGGGAGCCUGAUCAGGCUGCUAAAGUCUUUGCGCGCAGCUGACUAUACUGCGAGUGCUGCACCACACCUGACUAUCGAACUUCCGGAGGAGAUCGACCCACCGACGGCCCAGUUCCUGAAGACCUUCCGCUGGCCGCCUCGCAGAGCGACCAAUCCGGCGAUUGCAAACCAGCUGACGCUCAGACAUCGGAUAACAAGGCGUGGUGCCACGGAAGAGGAGAGCUCGGUACGGUUCCUCGAGGGCUUCUGGCCUUUGGACCCAAGCCUCUCCCACGUGCUGGUCCUAUCUCCCCAAGUCGAGCUGUCACCCAACUACUACCAUUACCUGAAGAUGGCCCUUCUGGAAUACCGAUACUCGGGCCCUGCGAUAUACCAAGCAUGGGAUAAGAGGGUCUUUAGCUUGAGUCUCGACCUGCCCAGGAAGACCCUCGACGGCUCGGCAACAUUUGUGCCACCAAAGGCGCCGGCCAGCAGCCCUGAUGGAGCCGAGCUCGGCGCCCCAAGUUCCGGCCACUCAUCUUCGUUCCUCUGGCAAGCGCCAAACAGCAACGCGGCACUCUUCCUGGGGGAAAGGUGGGCCGAGCUGCACGGUUUCGUCUCGCAGCUGCUGGAAGCGCAACACGGUUUCCAGAGCACGCCCACCCUCCUGGCUGAGAAGUCCGUAAGCAAGGACUAUCCCUCGUGGCUGGAGCACGCACUCCGGCUCUGUCGCGCCCGCGGGUACAUGACUGUCUACCCGGGGGCAGACCUCGCCUCAGACCUGGCGACCAUCCACGGCGAGCUGUACCAGAAACCCGAGGAGUACGAGAACGAGAAGUCGGGCUCGAAACACGGGGACGAGGACUCGGUGAUCCUCCGACACGGGACCUUUUUGUCCAAUGGCGAGGGGCUCUCGCGCUUCAACGACAUGCCCCUGCUCACGUGGGACGACGACCGGAUAUCGCUCGAGGAUUUGAAUGAGGAGUCGAUCAAGUACGCGGCCGAGUUCAGGCGCGUGGUCGGCGGCUGCAAGAUAGGCCAGGCCUUCGCGCCAGAGCCGUCCGCGAAGGACUUGUACUGCAUGGGCGACGACGGGGUGUAG